AUGAAAGUUGGUCAGCCGGCUCCCAUGGACAGCCAAGUGGUGGAGCAGCUCUGGGGCCAAAUCCAGACCAAGAACUUGGACACGCUGGAGGAGAUGCUAUGCCGUCACGGCGUCGUCGUGGAAACCCAGGAGAGCAAGAAAAUCUGUUUGGAUGUCUUGCGCAACUUUUGGCUCCGGCACGCCGUGGUGAUGCACUUACCAACAAGAGGGCAAAAGCCGGCGUCGACCUCAUGCACAUGUUGGCACUUCCGACGUCGUGGACAUUGUCCACAUGCGUACUACGUCCGUCACAAGUUGAAGCUGGAGACAUGGUUGAAACCUGUCCUGCCUCACCAUGAAGAUGCACCCCGUGACUUGGAGUCGGACGGUUCCUCCGUGCGUGUUCGGCCAGCCCGUCCCCCUCAGCAGGCCAAGAAGCGCAAAAGGCCCGAUUGUUAUGUUCCUGUGCCGUUGCCUGAGGCCGAUGUAGGAGCACCUUUGCCGGAGCGCAGGCCUGAUAGAGUUCUGCCUCCGCAGCGGGCGGCGCGGUCUCGGUCCGCGCCACGUGGGGCUAGGUCUGGGUCUCGUUCCGCGCCGCGUAGGUCUGACCGCCGGCCAAGGUGA